CUAACAGUUUUGCAGAAAGGCUGAACUGCCCCUUCUCCUCCCUGCCUCUGGGCUUGCCUGCAGUUGCCAUCUCUGGUACAAUUCAGAACUUUCCUUUCCAAAACUUUGCACAGGUAAGUGAUGAGCAGCUCUGUGCACCCCAUAGGAUUGUGCUUUUCCCCUCUCUCUCUUUCCCCCCGUUCUCCUUCCCUGUCAGCCAUUCCAGACUAAAGCACCUCAAGAUUCCUGGCCUGUGUAUGGCACACCACCCAUAAUGCAACGUUUCAACUAGAGAUGCCCAACAAUAGAUUAGGUUAUUGGGAAGCAAAAAACAGAGAUAUUGGGGCAGGGGGCACAGCAAACAUAGCAGCAACAACAACCUAAAACCCAACAGCAGGUCAACUGAGGUUGAGGAAAAAUACUCAUAAAGGUGUCAAAGUUAAUUUAAAUGGACAGAUUAUUUGACAGUCCAAGAUAAAUACCUCACACGCUUUCCCUUUGAAAGCCCCCUCUCUCAAAAAUGACCAAAUUUACAGGCUGUUACUUGGUUGCAUUUUGCCACAGGCCACUGCUAAAUUGUCCAUGUCUGGAAGUAUCCUUGAAGCUCCAGCCUCAGCCAGCUGCUGUUGGGACCAGCCUUGUCUCCUUGUGCUGCUUGCUGUAGCUUUCCUGGUCCACCCCCAUAGGUCUUCCCCAGAGAGAAGCCAUUGCUUUGUGUUUACAGCAGGAUCCCAUCCAACCCAGACCCUAGAGAGACCUCUUUCGCUUAGGGCCCUGCUGAGAAUCUCACUCCCAACUGAAGACCUGGAGAAACCAGACUGGAUUCAGAGCCCCCUUUUAGGGAUUCCUCAGGAACCCCACUGAUCCAAUUCCAAGCCCUGCCUUGAUCUCCACCCUCACCCAUGUCCCCCUCCCCCUGACAGGCCUCAGGAGUGAAGGCAGCAGAAGCCCAGAGUAGUGCUCAUUUGACUGCCAUGGGUCUACCUAGGAGGAGAGAAGCCCAGCAAAAGAGCAGGUAGCCAUGCAGCUGGCAAUGGCUAGAAACCUCCCCUUCUCCUCUCCCUACAGCUCUGUGGCUUUAGCCUCCACACCAUGUCCUGGCCAUGUACAUGUAGUACAUGUGAAAAGGAUGUAGGGGUCUUAGUGGACCACAAGCUUAACAUGAGUCAACAAUGUUAUGCAGCAGCAAAAAAAAGCUAAUGCUAUUCCAGGCUGGAUCAACUGAAGUAGAGUGUCCAGAUCAAGGGAAGUACGUAAGAGAAGGGAAGUCAAAGUCUAUUCUGCCUUGGUCAGACCACACCUGGAAUACUGUGUCCAAUUCUGGGCACCACAAUUUAAGAAGGAGGUUGACAAGCUGGAGCACGUACAGAGGAAGGCAGCCAAGAUGAUCAAGGGUUUUUAAACCAAGCCUUAUGAGGAAUGGUUGGAGCUGGGUAUGUUUAGCCUGGAAAAGAGGAGACUGAGAGGAGAUAGGAUAGCCAUAUUCAAAUAUCUCAAGGGCUGUCACAUGAAAGACGGAGCAAGCUUGUUUUCUCCUGCUCUGGAGGGCAGGACUCGAACCUAUGGCUUCAAGUUACAAGUAAGGAGGUUCAGACUAAACAUCAAGAAGAACUUUCUGACAGUAAGAGCUGUUCAACCAUGGAGUGGACUCUCCUUCCUUGGAGGUUUUUAAGCAGUUUGGAUGGCCAUCUGUCAUGGAUGCUUUAGGUGAGAUUACCUGCAUUGCAUGGGGCUGGACUAGAUGACCUUUGGGAUACCCUCCAACUCUACCAUUCUAUGCACAGUUUACUAUCUUUGCAUCCCUAAACUCAUGAGCUGUGCCACUGAGCAUGAAGGAGUAAUGUUCACCCCACACCUUCCAGACCAUGUGUGGUUAUUUUUCAGCUCCUGCUCUCCCAAGACAGACUUGGCCAUUCUCGGUGUCCUUCCUGUAAGGUCUGCCAUGGACUUUUCCACCAACACUGAGGUUUCGGAGUCCCAUUCCUGUGCCAUGGUGACCACAACAACAUUGCUAUAGCCAUCUUGAGUAAUCAAAAGGAAUUGCAACUCGUCCUCCUUGAUAUAUGCUGCUUUCCUCCACCCCUUUUGCAGAGAAUUUUGCCUCCUCUCCCAGAAUCUCUCUCCCUCUCUCUCUCUUACACACACACACAUGCAGAUACAGACCAAAAUAGCUCCCUGGAAAGGCAUUUAAGCAGCCAAAGUUAAUCCACCAGAGCAGGAAAUCGAGAGGAUUCCCAUUGCACAGAUCAUAAAUGGUGCUGCUUCCUUUAUUGACCACCCCCCAUCAAUUAACUAUUUUUAAUCAAAGUCUAGUUUGCACAAGAGCCACGCAAGCUGGAAAGCAUGAUGAUGGGAAACGAGGCUCUCCAGCUCAUUACAUAAUUAUCAAUCAAAACGUAUGUUUAUAGCAAACAUUUAAUGAGGAACUAAUGAGCUCCCUGGAUAGCUGAAGCUAAUAUUAUACCAAAAUCUGCAUCUCUCUCUUCAAAAGCUCCUUUUUUCUUUCUGCUGACUUGUUUGCAUUACCUGUCAGUAAUGUUCUCAUGGAAGACACGUGUUAGUUCAUAAUAUUCCCCCCUUUUUUCUGCUCCCUUUUGCCUGUUAGAAAUCAUUUUAAAGCUACGUUGUGGGGAGGGGGCAAGCGAAACAAGUAUGGGAUAAUAAAAUGCAUGUAGGCGCAGACACCAGCUGGACAGCUCAGUUGGUUAGAGCUCAGUUGGUACUGAUAACGCCAAGGCUGCAGGUUCGAUCCCCAUAUGAGACAGCUGCAUAUUCCUGCCUCACAGGGGGUUAGAUUAGAGAUCCUCAGGGUCACUACCAACUCUACAACUCUAUGAUUUUAUGACCUCUUGACACAUAUCGUUUGAAACGGCAACAUACAAAUAUAGCUACAUGAUGCAUUCUCACUGCAAGAUCAGUGGGAAACUGAGGCAUUAGACAAGAUGGUGAGAGCUCUGUGUAACAUCAUGAUGACCUUUGGAAUUCUCUGCCACAAGGUGUAGUGAUGGUUUGGGAGCUAUAAAAGGGGGAGUGGGGCAAAUCAUAAAGCUGGGGGGGGACCGUGAAGGUCAUCUUGCCUGACCACAUGGAGGAAGAGAGGAAAGUGGCACCUCCAUCUUCUGAGAAGGGUGGCUUACUUGGACAACUUGCACCCUGGAAGGGCUCAGUACUGAUGCCAGCCAUGGGUCUCCCUUACAUUUGUUUUUCUGACUCAUCACUGGGAGGUGGGAGGUGGUUACCUAGAGCCAGGGUGUGUGCCUUGAAAAGCAGUCUAGAUACCUUCACCCCGGUAUGGCUCCCCUUUAUCACAUACACAGCCCAACAAGACAACGACAAAAACCCACCAACAACAUACAAAUCAAUAUGGCUAACCUGAUCCAAAACACCCACCCACCCCACUCACACAUGAAAACAAAGACCACCACAGCCAACCACAAAUGAACAACCACACUCUAGACCAACCCCAACCUCUCUCACCACCAAAGGAACACAAGCGAACAACAAAGAACCUACACAAACAACGCUGACACCAAACCCUACAUAUAGUAAGCAAAACAGAAACACCGUCGCCUGACCCCACCCCCACCCAUCUCCCCCACCCCUCCACCACUUUCCCCCUUUUCUUCCCAAUGUCUCAACAAAUGAAACUGAUUUGUAAAAAUGUUACAUGGGGGGAAAAUACGAGAGAGACAUUGCAAACACUUUUGUAAAACAAGAAAAUCUUUAAUAAAAAAAGAAGGGGAAAAAAGAAUUUGAAAUUAACAACAAAAAAGAAAAGAAAAGAAAAGCAGUCUAGAUUUUUUUUAAAAAAAAAACCUAAAUAUGCAGAUGGUUGUGAUGCUCUGCUUCCUUUUGCAGUUCCCCUUCCAUUGCCCCUUUGGAAGAGAUGGCCUCUGCUCCUCCGAUCUCUGGCUCUGUCGGAGACCAGCCUGUGAGCCAGCUGGGCUCUGUCCAAACUGAAAUGCAAAGGCUGUUGAAGGCUGGUAUAUGUCUUUUCAGCAGCAAUGAGGAAGGCCAGGCUUUGGCUGCCUUCAAGAAGGCAUACAGGCUCUCGGGUAGCCUCCCAGAGCCUCGCUCCAAAGCCAAGUGUCUCUUCAACCUCGGGGCGGCUUACAUUGCCACCGGCAAGCCCCAGAAGGGCCUCAAGUGCCUGUUGAAGGCCAAGGAACUUGGAGGUGAGGAGAAGGAUGGUGACCUCUCCUUCAACGUGGGCGCGGCUUACGACGACAUGAGAGAAUACGCAAAAGCCGCAGAGUUCUACGGAAAGGCCAUCCAGGAAUACGACACAAAUCAAACGCAAAGCUCAGCCGAUGCCCUGAUCAAGCUGGCCUAUUGCCUGGUGAGCACAGGUGACGUGGAGUCAGCCGCACAGUCUUUCCGCCUGGCCGGCCAGGCCUACCAAAGGGUGCAACUCCCAGAAGACGCAGCCAUGGCUAUGAGGGAGGCAGCAAAUUACUUCCUGCGAAGCCCAGUGUACUCCCCUGACGACGUCUUAGAGAGCUUGCAGGCCUGCAGCCGGUUGUGCACCAAGAUAAGGAACCAGGAACUGCUGGGUAUAGCUAAGUACCUCCGUAGUCCCCAUUGGGUCUCCUUAAGGAAAAAUCCUGCCACCCCAGAAAUCUCAGGGGGCUGCCAGAGUGCCCUCUAGCCAGAUGAGCUACUCUGCCUUUGGGACCCAGUUCCCACCCUUGAUCUCAGCAGGAAUGGGGAUUUCCAAAUGCAGGCUUUUUGAUAGACAAGUAUUAAGAUGAAGUGGAAGAAGAAAUCUCAUGCCCAGGGACAGUGUGUGUGAGAGAGAUGUACUAACACAUUCUUCCGCUAGAAAGGCUCCAAGGGCAACUUACAUAUGAUAAUUAAAAACAAGAUUGCCCCUGUUCACAUGUUUACAAUGGGCACAUCACAAAGGGAAAGGAGGGGGAGGGAAGAGGAAAACAGGCAAAUAGGCUAGGGUUACCAGACGUCCCCGGAUUCACCAAUCUGUCCCCAGACAAAAUCUGUCCCCGGUAUGUCCCCGGAUUUUAAUUAAUGUCCCCUGAUUUAUGCCUGGGGACUUCCAGUGAGGCAACAUGGCGGGUGCUAUGGCAGCGAGCAGCACUGGAGGCCCUGGCCAUGUCAAAGUUCGCUGAUGGGCUGCCCUUCUCCCUCCUCGGGGAAAAGCCCCCAAGAGCCUCACACACGCUCCAUGCGGCUCUUUAAAGGGAGCGCUGAGCAGAGCCUCCUGCCUGCAUUCACUUCAUAAGACGCACACACAUUUCCCCUUACUUUUUAGGAGGGAAAAACGUGCAUCUUAUGGAGUGAAAAAUACGGUAGCUGAAGAUGGCCUGUUCCAAGUAGGGAUGGGGGCUUUGCCACUUCUUGAGUGGGAGGGGCAUCCUCUGAGCCUUUUCUACACCCAGGGGCCCUUUACGUCUAGGGGCGAGGGGGAUGCUCCAUCCCAGUGGAAAGACCCAGUCUUUGGGGAACACAUUUCCUCUGAGUCUUGCUCCCUUCAACUGUGCAAUGCCUACAAGGUUCUGCUUGAUCAACUGGAAAGAUCCCAAGCUCCCUCCAGCUAAUGUUGAGUUUUCUCUCUCCACUUUGGCUCUCAGGCAAACUCUACAAUCACCUGGGGCUGCACUAUGCGGAAAUGAGGUGCUUCCAGCAGGCAGAACAACACUUUGAUGCAGCUCUCCGCCUUUGCAGCGGAAAGGGCUUUUCGGUGCGGAAGAAAGCUGUCCUGUUGCAGAACCUGGGGGCUGCCUGCAACGCCCUGGAGUGCUUCGAAAGGGCCUUGCGGUACCACAGCGAAGCAGCUGACAUGUACGGUGAGUUGCAUUGGGUUAGGUUUUUUUAAGCCAAUUUAUUCAAGUCUUAAAAACACAUUGCUGUACCAAUACAUAGAGAAUGAUGUGACAUAAACAAAAAACUUAAAUUAUUGUCCCUAUUCAUAUUACUGUUAAAGAUAAACAAAAUACCUACUUCUUAAUACAAACUUUUGUAAUAUUUGGUUGUUUUGAUCACAUCAAAUAAUUAAUUGCAAUCUUUAUUUUGUUCACAUAUCUUUGCAUGUCAUUGUCUGUUAAUUUCUGCUCAGCUUUGUUUGCCAGUUGGGCCUCUGUCUGUCAGCUAACAAAGCUUGUGGGUCACUGGUCUCAUCUGUGUGGCGCUGUGCUUGUUCAAUUCAUUUGCACUCCUUCUUACCUAGAAUGUUACAAUCCCUGUUUGAAAACAUGUCCUCCCUGAGUUUCUAGGCUGGGGUAUGCAUUGGCUAAGCGGCUUUGCAGAGAUUUGAAAGACUUAGAAGCUGAAAGUACCUGGUCCCACCACCUCACCACUCAUUGUGCCUCUUUCUGCUGGAAAGAGCCAUGGGAGGCUACACAGGGCUCCUUGGUAAAGGGAGGCGGGGUGUUCUUCGCUUUCCUCUCUGUCCUAUUUGCAAGGAGGGCUUCAGAUUCUAAGCUCACGUGGUGGGAACCAGUUUCUCAUGGCUGCCUCUUGCAGGAGAGAGACGGGAAGGGGUGGAGCUUGGGAGACGCCAUAAAAGCAGUGGUGGCCAAACUUGGCCCUCCAGCUGUUUUGGGACUACAAUUCCCAUCAUCCCUGACCACUAGUCCUGUUAGCUAGGGAUGAUGGGAGUUGUAGUCCAAAAACAGCUGGAGGGCCAAGUUUGGCCACCACUGCCAUAAAGCAAGCACUGGUUGAGUGACAAAAAAAAAGUCCUUAUUUCUGCCAGGCUGCCUCCUUAGGCUAAAUUAAUCCCACAGCCCACCUAGCCCCAGAUCACCUCCGCUGGCUGGCAGCCACACUCUUCAAGGCCUCGGGAAGACAGCACUCAGUCCCACCACUGGCUCCCUGAGAUUCUCCUCCUCCACCAAGUGCUGCCCUCCAAACUGCAAGGGUGCUGCACCCUACUAAACCACUUCCAGCCACCCAAAGCUCCUCCUCCCUUCUCCACCCUCUCUGUGCCUGUGUAAGCCGCAGCAGGUAAAUGGCACCUUCAGGUUCAGAGGCAGUCUACCUCAGAAUAUUGGGGGCAAGCAAACUUGCUGCUUGUUGCACAUCAGCUUUAAAGAGUGGGUUUUCAUGGGGAAAGCUCUGGGGCAAAAAGGAGCACUCUGACAUGGAGCUUUAAAGUGCAGACCUGUGUCUGGAAACAGCGGGGCAAAAGGUUAGUGGGGAUAAGCCAUGAAGCACACACACACACCCCGCAAAUUGGUUCCCUUUCCGCUUCUUUACCCUGUCUGAAAUGUCAGGAGCCAGAGCAGAUGGCUGUAUAAGGCUUCCAGUGAAGCAUGUAGAUCUCUUUGCCUCAAUUCUCAGCAAAACAGUCAAAUAAGAGACAGUAUGGUGAUUUGUAUAAUAUAUGCAGAUUGCAGACCGUAGCUUUCAUUGGGGCAUGAUUUUGGUCACUCUGAUGCAGAAUUCCAAGCCUGCAGGACUCAGGAGCCCUCACUGCCCCUGUGGCAGAUUCGCUCUCACCCUACAGGAUUGCAUAAGGCUAAAAUGUCCCCUGCUAGGGAUGUUUUCAGAACAAUAUCCUUUUGGGGGAAAGUUUCUAGAGUUCUGGGAAGGGGCUGGAUCCAUUUGCCAAGCUGCUGACAUCAUCCAUGCUGGAUCUUUUUUCUUUUUUCUUUUCUUUUUUUGCCAGGGGCACUGGGAGAGAGGGCUGCUCAGGCCCAAUGCCACUACAAUUUGGCCACUGCUCACAGCCAGCUGAAAAACUACGACAUGGCUGGAUUUUACUCCCAGCAGGCGCUGAAAGCUUUUGUGGAUGCAGGUAAGUGACUGUGGUGAAGCCCACCUUAUAUACAGUGGUACCUUGGGUUACAGACGCUUCAGGUUACAGACACUGCUAACCCAGAAAUAGUACCUCGGGUUAAGAACUUGGCUUAAGGAUGAGAACAGAAAUCGUGCGGUGGUGCAGCAGCAGCGGGAGGCCCCAUUAGCUAAAGUGGUACCUCAGGUUAAGAACAGUUUCAGGUUAAGAACGGACCUCCAAAACGAAUUAAGUUCUUAACCCAAGGUACCACUGUAUCAGGUCAGUCCUUUGGUGCCUAUGAUCCAGUAUGACCCACUCCAGCCAUCUCCAACCAGGUGCUCUCCCAAUGACUGGAUGAUAACUCCCCUUGGCCCCAGCCUGAGUCAGGGGUGAUGGGAGUUGUGGUCCAAAACAUGUGCAGAGUGCCCAGGUGGGGAAGGCAGGUCCACUCUGAUUGGCAGGGGCUCUCCAGGAACACCUACUGAUCCUACUGUAUUAGCUAGCGUGGGAUGCUGGGGUCCUUCUGUAUGCAAAGCAGAGAGCCAGUGGUGGUGUGGUGGUUAGAGGGCCAGACUAGGAGCUGGGAGACCCAGAGAGAGAAGAUUAGGAGGAGGUGCCCGGUGCUGAAGGGGCAACAGGCUUUAGGGAGCAGUUCAGACUCUGAGGAGGAGGCGGAGGAGAGGGGUCAAGGGACUGCUGAAGAACCCCAGGAGUCUCCCUCUCCUGUGUGACAAGCUGUCCUCCCCCCUGGUCUCCCAAGAAUGUGCAGAGUAAUGAGAAGAGCAGACCAGAGAGCAGAGGUGCGCAGACGCAGUUUUAGGCUGCUUGGGAAGCACCCAGGAGAGGAAGAGGCUUAGAGAGGAUGGCUGGCAGGGACCUUCAGUCCUGACCCCUGCUCCAUAGGGGCAAGACCUACUGGAGAGAGUUGCUGGGACCACUAAGCUGAGUUGCAUGUCUGUUUCCUUGAAUAAAGAGUUAACUUUGCUGACAACGGAGACCUGCUUCCUUCAUUGCUGUCUCCAGCCCUGACACUGCAGGCUCCAGGCUAAGAUCAUGAACUACAAGUAGGUUUGGGACAGAGUCACGUUAACCUCCAGGAGAGCUCAUACUAAGCAAUUUGAGAGACAGAACAGGCAGGUGGGACCAGCAGCAAACUGUUGCAAUGUUACAUGCAUGCCAUCUAGCCUGUUUUCAGAGCACUCUGCAGUAUUCCAUUUUGCCUUCUCCCUGGUUUUCCAUCCUCCUGGGCCCCCAAUUGACCUGUUCUGUAGGUAUUGUUCAUUGAGCUGUUAGUCCCCUGCGCCCCAAAAGCCUUUUUGUACUUCUGCACACCUUGUCAUUCGCUCCAUGCCUGCUAGUAUCUCCUCCUCCCUCUUGUGCUUGGGUACUGCUGCUUUGGCUACACAAGAAUCCACACACAGGCAAUGAGUUCCCUCUAAGUAUAUAAGAUGCAGCUGUUAGUGUUGUUGAGACAUUUUGGAGUGUGAGUGAAGGAAUGUUUUGGAGUGCAAAAUGCGUCUGAAUUUACGCGGCCAGGGUGGAAGAAGGAACUCUCACUGUCCCUUGAAGGCCUCUGGGGCCAGCUGCCUUAUUUCUGCUUGCAAAAUGCAAAUGGAACAAUAAGACCUGUUUUAUACAAGGUAAUCAAAUGGUAAUUGAAAGUCCUCUUAAAUGUGGAGCAAUGGGCUAUUAAGAACUUCCAGCAACUCACCACUGCAAACCUUGUUUUUGCACUGAUAUCUCCAGAAACCUACAAUGCCUGCCGCCUGACAAGGAGGUGAAACUAAAAAAGGAGUAGUUUUGUAUAUUCCUGCUUGUAACUGGGCAGACUGACACUGUUUCACUUUGAAAAGUAGCUCAGCUCAUAUGCCAGCCAAAGACCUGAGCUAGUUGCAGAUCAAAGUGUCCCCAAUUCCAGGCAAGAAACUACAAGCCAUUGACCCUACACUCCUCCUCAUUCCAUCCUGGACUUCCUGGCCCCUGUCCUGCAACUAUUGGCUCUGUUUCUUCCUCCAGGUGACUCCUAUGGUGAGGCGCAGGCCUGUGAACAGCUGGGCAUGACUCACCUCUGCCAGGGCCACUUUGGUCCAGCCAUCCGUUACUACAAACAAGCCCUGGCUCUGUUUGAAAAGUCAAAGGUACAUCUGUGUUUGUCUGCCUUGUUUGCUUUGUACUGCAUACAGAGGAGGAGGAGGAGGAGAAAGGCCUUCGAGACAUCAGGAAACUGCCCUGAUUCUCCCUCCCCUCUCAGAGGGGCUUCUAAAACUAGCAACCAUGGAAGAUAGUGUGGCACUGCCCAUGCUUCAGAGUUUCUGCCUUCAUGUCCUACUGAAAUUCAGACCUCUUGAGCUUACUAUGGGAGGCAUAUUCCCCUCCCCCUCUACUUGUGGGGAUAUCAGAAGAGCCCGGCUGUAGCUGGAUCAAUCCAAAGGGGACCUAUCUAGUUCAGCAUCGUGUUCUCACAGUGGGCAAUCAGAUGCCCAUUGUGGGAUGCCCACAUGCGGGAUAUGAAGGCGGCAACAGUGCUUGUCCCUUUUUGCAAUUGUUGGUCACCUGGAGAUCAGAGCCCGGAAGUGCAAACAGAUGAAAGGAAGAGUGAAAUUUCCUUUCUACCCUGCUGCUGCCUAUGGCACUGCUGCUGCUGACUUUGGACAGUCUGCAAUUGGGAGCACAAAAGAGACUUUCCCUCCUCGUUUUGAUGUUAAUCAUUCCCUGCCCUACCUUCCGGUGUACUGGCACAUUAUUUCUGCGGACCCAGAAAUAAACCGCAGCAAGAUUGGCCCAGUUCCAAGGCCAGGUGCCGCUCUGAAGUUGAAAGAACAGCAGAUAGGAGGCCUGGCCUGUAGGGAGGGCAGAAACUCAGUUGCCGUUCUCAGUUCCUUAUUCUUAGGCUCUUUAAUCACUUGAGAGGUGCAGAGGCAGCCUGAAUAUAGCCCUGUACCCUGAAAGCAGCACCCAGAUCACACCAUCCAGUCCCAUCUACAGACUGCACUCUUUGAGGAAUUACAAAUAAGGAACAGAGGGAGCCAGAAUUGCCUUUCUCCUGGAGAGAAAGAAUCAACACCAAACUCUUAUUGAAUUUAUUUUUAUAGCUAGAUUUACAGCAUUUUUAUAAAAAAAGAUUUAAGAGGGAUCAGUAUCACACACCCACUCCCCCACCCCACAAUUGCCAUUAUAGCUGACAAAGCAGAGAUAUAUACAUAAGUAGUUAAAACAGUUUAAAUACCCAGGAGAACAACCAACCUUCUAAUGACAAGAGGAUCAUUAAAUAAAAUAAAAACCCAAAGAACAAAACUGUAGCUUAAUGAGCACAGACCAAAGCAGCUGGUGCAAUUGGGCCAUUUAUCAAGGGCUGGAUUCUGCUGUCCAUUGGACGGAUAGGCCCUGCCCCACAUCUAAUAGUGCCUAUCGCUGCCAACCCCUCCAGAAGCAGACAGCAUCACUGGGCAGGUGAGCAAGGAGGAAGCAAUUCUUGCAUGGCCCGGGAAAGGUGCUAUCCCAGAGUCCACUGGGGGAGGGAAAGAUGGCUGGCCUUAGACAUAUGGACACCAGAACUUCCUUACAGAAACAGACUGAAGUCCAGGGUAAUCCAGCACCCAAAUUCCCAGAGUAGGCAAAGAGAUGCUUCUGGGAGCUUUAGACGCAGAAGAUAGGAAAGGGGCCCGUAUCAGGUGCAGGACAUAGGAAGUGUGCCAUAUACUGAGUCAGACCUUUGGGUCCAUCUGGCUCAGUAGUUCCCACACUGACUGGCAGCAGCUCUCCAGGAUUUCAGACAGAGAGCUCUCCAUGCCCAACCUGGGGAUUGAACCCGGAUCUUUCUGCAUGCAAAGCAGAUACUUUCCCACUAGACUACAUCCCUCCCUUUCAGCAUUAUGUACAGAAGGGCCCAUGCUCUAUUCUUGGUAUCUCCAGAUAAACCUUGGGAGAAUUCCUAUCUGAAACCCCCCCUGAAGCACUGCCAAUCAGUGUUCACCAGGGAGAGGGAGCCAGUGGCCUUCCAGAUGCUGCUGGACUCCAACUCCCAUCAUCCCCCUGACCAUGGUGACUGGGGCUAGUGGGAGCUGGAGAAGACCUACAGCAGCUGUGAGGCUCCCUGUUCCUGGUGUAGAUGAUUCUGAGCUUGAUGGACCAAGGCUCUGACCUGGUGCAAGGCAGUUUUCUAUGCCCCUAAGCAGUGCAAAAAGUCACUUCCUGGCAUACCACUGAACAUGGAGGUUCCAUUUAGCAAUCUCAGUUAAUAGAGGCUGUUGGACGUCUCCUCACAUUAAGCCAGGGUGACUAGCGUGGUGCCCUCCGUAUGCUGCUGGGCUCCAUUUUCCAUCAAGCAUGGUCAAGGAUGAUGGGAUUUGCAGACCAAUAACAUCUGGAAUGCUCCACAUUGAUUACCCUGGGAGUAGCUGCUUCCACUGGCAACUAAGCACAUUGCUUGGGUUGCUUAUUCAGGUGGGUUGGCCCUGAAUAGGAUUGGGGCCGUGGGGAUGGGCUAACGACACAGUUGCAGGAGUAUAGAGCUAGACCCUGCAUAGAUGUUUUUCAGGAGGGAGCCAUCAGUUACAGGUUCUCUAGCCUAGCCAUCUCCAAUGCCAUUUUCAGAUUUGAUCUGUGGCUAUUUGGAGUCACACUGAAAUAAUUGCCAACCCAGCCUGGCCAGGGUAGAGAAAGGAGGAAGGCUGAAUGGAGGCUGAGCUGGCCGCAGAGUGCAGGAGACAAGCCACUCAGAGCAGCCUUGGAAAAGGAAGAGGGGGAAGAUUUGUGUUUCUUAGGAAAGUGCAAGCCUCCCGAACCAGGAUCCUCCGGUUAGAGGGGAAAUGGCUGCCCUCCCCACUGUGGACAGAAGAUGAACUUGGCUCAUCUAUCUCAAUACUGUCGACACUGACUGGCAGCAGCUCUUCUGAGUGAACCUGUGACCUUCUGCAUGCAACACAGGGGCUUUGCCAUGGACCCACGGCCACUUUCCCAGGGUCGCUCUCGUGUUUGUCUCCCGCAAUGACACAUGCUGCAUCUCUUUGGAUCUUAUUUCCUUCUCUUCUUCCCUCAUCAACAGGAAGCAUCUGAAGUCCCUCGAAAACGGAUUUGGGAGAAAUUGGCUGCUGUCGCUAACUAUCAAGCGAACGCCGAGGAUGAGUUUGCGGAUUCGGCAAUAACAGAUGUAAGAAUCGCCGGGGGGGGGGCAGACAUUUGCACAAAUGCUGCUGCCGUGCUGGGCCCACCUUAGCUCUUCAGGCUCCUCCUGCUUGUCCCAGCAUGCUUGGCCAUUGGCUCAAAUGGGCAGCUGGCCCGGGGUGCCCUGGCGGAGCUCACCCCCACCUUCCAUCCAUGGAAGUCACUUGCUCCAGCUGUUCCUGUUCAGCUCACUCUAGGACAGCGGUUCUCAACCUGUGGACCCCCAGAUGUUGUUGGACUACAACUCCCAUCAUCCCUGAGCUCUGGCCUUGCUAGCUAGGGGUGAUGGGAGUUGUAGUUCAACAACAUUGGGAAAGGCUGCUCUAGGACGUGGGUAGGCAAACUAAGGCCCAGGGGCCGUAUCCGGCCCAAUCGCCUUCUAAAUCCAGCCCAUAGAUAGUCCGGGAAUCAGUGUGUUUUUACAUGAGUAGAAUGUGUCCUUUUAUUUAAAAUGCAUCUCUGGGUUAUUUGUGGGGCCUGCCUGGUAUUUUUACAUGAGUAGAAUGUGUGCAUUUAUUUAAAAUGCAUCUCUGGCUUAUUUGUGGGGCAUAGAAAUUCAUUCAUCCCCCCCCCAAAAAAAUCUAGUCCGGCCCCCCACCGGCCCCCUGCUGAAAAAGUUUGCUGACCCCUGUUCUAGGAAGUCAUUGUCCCCUUUUUUGGCCUUUUGCCUCAGUAAUGUUUUGUGAGUGGUAUUUAGGAUCAAAGCGAGCUGCCUUAUACCGAGUCACCAGCCUUAACAAAUAUGGCAUUGCCAGCCUUAUCAAAUUCAGCUCCCUCCCCACAGGCCUGGGAAUAUUUUUCAGUUCAAGGACCACAUUUCCCCGUGGGGGACCUUCUAGGAGACACAUGCAUAUGGUGGGCAGGGCCAGAGGCAAAUGUGGGCGGAGCAAUGGCUAGUCUCUUACCGUUGCUCAGUAGGCUGCAUCCCAGUCAUGAAAAGGCAGGCAAAAGGUGUCAUCAAACACCAGGGACACAUUCCAGCCAGGCCAAAGGACUCAAGGAGAUGCCGUAAGGGGAGACAUCAGAGGGCCGGAGAAAAAGGACUGGAGGGCCACAUUCAUUGCCAGGGCCUAGGGGUCCCCACCACUGCUCUCAGAAUCAAAUCUCUGACUGAGGUUUAGGUUCAUCUUUCCAGCAAUCUGUGUACAUCUAAACAUGACCACCAAGCUAAGUCUGGGGUGGGAGAGGCAAUUGCCAAAGAAAGGAAUUUAGCACAAGCUGCCAUUGUUGGAAUGAGUAUAAUGAUGCUAAAAUGUCUCUCCAUUUUUAUCUGUUGGGAGAAUAAUGGAGGCCAGGGUGGGUCAGGUGGGACCCUCCUGACUCCUAUAAAAGCUGUUGAUUUAGUCUUGCUUACUGGCCAGAGCAUGCAGGCAGGGACAAUGUGCUCUUGCGAGCUGAGGGUGGAGGGCAAUUUGGGGCAGGAGCUGCUCAGUUACUCCAAGGUAAACAGUACAAAGCUAGCAUAUCGGGGAUAAGGGCUGUGCUCCUCAGCGCUGCUUCCCUUUUAUACCUUGCAUGCUGAUUGCAGCAUCUGAACUGCAUGAGGCAGGUGACAUUCACCUGUCCCGAGUCUACUCCAGCUGAGGAAUCACACCUCGUCACAGCUAAUGAUCUGGGUUGGGAGACCGUGUCUGCCUUAGCCUCCUUGAGCUCACCUCCUGCUGCUCCUUACACCUCAGAACCUGCUGUGUUUGGGGAAACAGGGGCCCCUCUGGCUCUGGUGAUGGGUCCUGCUGCUCUGGUUCCUGUCCACUGACCUCCAUCUCCUCACCACCCUCUGUCGCCCAGUGAGUGCUUUCUACACCAACCUCUCCCUUUUCCAUCCCCAGCUUGCUCUGGUGUGUCCCAGUCCCUUGCUGGGAUCCUCUUCCUCCUCCCCGUUGUCCUGCCAUUCAUGACAGCAACCCUCAUUGAAAGAGCCACAGACAGAGACACAUUCAGGUUUCUUUGCAUUGCCCGACUGCAAUGAAGAGAUGGAAACCUGGGGAUUUGUGCUCUACACAGACCAUGGAUUUCUCAUCCUGUGGAUGUGGGUCUGCGAGAAUCGGCCCAGCAAAAGAAGGCUGUGCUUGGGCCCAUUUCUCUAUCAUGCUCUGUGUGUGCGUCAUGCGCUGCCCAUGAACCCCGUUAGGCUGAAUAGCCAAAGGCAUCAGGGGCUGCUGAUUGUAGUUUUCUUUUAUUCCCAGCGAUGGCCUCAUAUUCCACAAAGCCACUUUAUCUCUGUUGUUGCAAGCGGGUGUGGCGUCCAGCUCAUGCUGUGAUGAUGGCUCAUGAAAUGGGCACACAGGAAGCAGCUAUUUUUAAUUCAAAGGCUCAACCCUAGAAAUGUGGCAAUUAAAUUCAGUGCAUUUUGUGUGUUCUUAUCCUGUUCUUAUGAAACAUGCGACAAAUUUAUGCGCCACCUUCUUCUUAAAAAAACAACGGAAUUGAGCUCCUGUCCUACCUUUUUUCAGAGCCUUCUCCACCAUCCAGAAUGUGGGGCUUGUUCUCCAGGUAUCCCAUUGCAAAGAGCAGGAGCUGACAGAGCUGUUUGACAGUGGAACGGUCCCUCUCGGGACGUUAUGGACUCUCCUUCCUUGGAGGUUUUUAUGCAGAGGUUUGAUGGCCACCUGUCAUGGAUGCUUUAGCUGAGAUUCCUACAUUGUACCAUUCUAUGAUUCUGUGAGCACUGUGGUGUAGUUGUAGACCACUCCCCAUUCACCUCAAUGGAGCUUGCACAGAAGAACCUCUUGGAUGAUUGCACCUGAUGCUGAGUGUGUUUGUGUGUGAGCCAUUUUGUGCCUUGCGCACCAAAACAUCUCAUUUUUAGAGAUUCCUUAACAGCGUCAUAGAACUGUUUGAUCAGUUUGGGGAGGAGGGUGGUUUGUUUAUACAAAGAGUUCUCCAGAAUAUUCUUCAUUUUUUCAGUUUGUUAUUUAUCUCCACUCUUUAAGAUGGAUGGAUGCUCAUUUUGAGAAGGAGAAGAAAGGGGGGAAACUCAAGAUAAUUGCCUGCCUGAUUCAGUCCAACUGGCUAUCCUAGUUUCUAAGUAAUUAAGAUUGCAUUUCGUGAUUCUCAACCAUAUCAAAUUAAUGUUUACAGUUCUGUAUAGUACAGGGGAAAAAAUAAUGUGUUGCCAUUUUAAUUAAAUUAUUAAUAAAUGGCAUUGGUUCCACUUCAGAUGCCAAUGUAAUGAGAAGGCUACCGAGCUGCCUGCGUCAUUCAUCAGAAUUUCUUAUGUAUCUUUUGUCUCUAAUUGGUGGUACAUGGAAAUCCUCAGAUUAAAAUGCAAAUGUCCCCCAAUUUCCAA